AACCUCAGUUCCCUCCGUCCAUGGCUGCAACCUUACCUCUAUCUCCGAUUAGCCAUCAGUUGUGUCGGUUCGGGAACAACGCUUUGACAACGCAUCGGUUCUGUUCGCCUAGCUUCUUGAUUUCUUCUCCUUGUUUCAUCGGCUUGACCGGAAUGGGCUCUGCUACUCAGUUACGUGCUCGUCGUUCUCUGAUCUCUUCCGCAGUUGCGACGAAUUCGAUGUUGCAUGACGUCGGAGCCACCGUGGCAGUCCUCGGUGGAGCUUACGCGCUUGUCUUAAGCUUCGAGAGUCUCACCAAGCGAAACGUGAUUCAACAGAGUUUGAGUAGAAAGCUUGUGCAUAUACUCUCAGGUCUGCUUUUCGUACUAGCGUGGCCAAUCUUCAGCGGAUCGACCGAGGCUCGAUACUUUGCUGCUUUUGUUCCGUUAGUUAAUGGCUUAAGGCUUGUUAUUAACGGACUAUCUGUUUCCCCCAAUUCUACUCUUAUUAAAUCUGUCACAAGAGAAGGGAGACCAGAAGAGUUGCUUAAAGGUCCUUUGUUCUACGUUCUAGCUCUUCUUAUCUCUGCGGUUUUCUUCUGGAGAGAGUCUCCUAUCGGUAUGAUCUCGUUGGCAAUGAUGUGCGGUGGCGAUGGAAUAGCUGAUAUAAUGGGACGAAAGUUUGGGUCAGCUAAGCUACCUUACAACCCAAGAAAGAGUUGGGCAGGAAGCAUCUCCAUGUUCAUCUUCGGCUUCUUUAUCUCCAUCGCAUUACUUUACUAUUACUCAAGGCUUGGAUACCUUCACUUGAACUGGGAAACGACCUUCCAGCGAGUAGCAAUGGUCUCAAUGGUCGCCACGGUGGUCGAGUCGCUACCCAUCACAGAUCAAUUAGACGACAACGUUUCGGUUCCUCUGGCUACUAUUAUAGCUGCUUAUUUAAGUUUCGGAUAUUAGAUUAAUCCCUCAUAAACCGAAUGUAUAUAUCUAUUUUUUUAUGAAUCCGACCUUACGAAUGUUGCCACGAUUACGCUAUUAGCUAAUCUGGUUUCGGAUUAGGAGUGUUCGAUACAUAGAAAAUAAAAUGGACCACCAAAAGAACUAUACUGUAUAUAGGACAAAUAAUUCAGUCUGAUGGUU